AUAACGUACAUUAAGCCCUUUAGAAACAUAUUCAAAAAUCGCAAGAAAGCUCCUCCCAUGGCAGAUUCAAGCUGUUCUCUCCCUCCUCUUUAUGAAAACAUUUCAUACAAAAGUUAUAUUCUAAGAGCUGUGGAUCUCACGAUUCUUGGCCUUCUCUUUUCUCUUCUCUUGCACCGAAUCCUAUAUAUGAGCCAAAACGGCAUCAUUUGGCUCGUGGCUUUCCUUUGUGAAUCUUGUUUCUCAUUCGUGUGGCUCCUUAGUACCUGCACAAAAUGGAGUCCUGCUGAAACUAAACCCUAUCCAGAUAGACUUGAUGAAAGGGUUUAUGAUCUUCCCUCAGUAGAUAUGUUCGUGCCCACCGCAGAUCCAGUUCGAGAACCGCCAAUUAUGGUUGUGAAUACCGUACUUUCGCUGUUAGCAGUGAAUUAUCCAGCGAAUAAACUUGCUUGUUAUGUAUCGGAUGAUGGAUGCUCACCUCUCACUUACUUUUCUCUCAAGGAAGCUUCUAAGUUCGCCAAGAUUUGGGUUCCCUUCUGCAAAAAAUAUAACCUUAAAGUUAGAGCUCCUUUUCGGUAUUUCUUAAACCCUUUUGCCGCAACAGAGGGUUCUGAAUUCAGUAGAGAUUGGGAAAUGACUAAGAGGGAGUACGAGAAGUUAUGCCGGAAAGUGGAAGAUGCCACCGGAGAUUCUCAUUUGUUGGGCACAGACAAUGAAUUGGAAGCUUUUUCAAACACAAAACCAAAUGAUCAUUCAACUAUAAUCAAGGUGGUAUGGGAGAACAAAGGAGGUGUAGGAGACGAGAAAGAGGUCCCUCAUAUCGUAUACAUUUCAAGAGAAAAAAGACCAAACUACCUUCAUCAUUACAAAGCUGGAGCCAUGAACUUUCUGGCAAGAGUGUCAGGGUUGAUGACAAAUGCACCAUACAUGUUGAACGUGGACUGCGACAUGUAUGCAAACGAAGCAGAUGUGGUGCGACAAGCAAUGUGUAUAUUUCUGCAAAAAUCACAAAAUCAAAACCAUUGUGCUUUUGUUCAAUUCCCUCAAGAGUUCUAUGAUUCUAACACCAUCAAACUCACCGUCAUAAAAUCAUAUAUGGGACGAGGAAUUGCAGGAAUCCAAGGACCAAUAAAUGUUGGUUCAGGUUGCUUCCACAGUAGAAGAGUUAUGUACGGUUUAUCGCCGGACGAAUUAGAAGACAAUGGAAGUCUUUCUUCGGUUGCUACAAGGGAGCUUUUGGCUGAGGAUAGUUUGUCAAGUGGAUUUGGGAAUUCAAAAGAGAUGGUGACAUCGGUUGUUGAGGCAUUACAAAGAAAACCAAAUCCCCAAAAUAUACUUACAAACUCCAUAGAAGCGGCUCAAGAAGUGGGACAUUGUGACUACGAGUCCCAAACCAGCUGGGGCAAAACCAUUGGUUGGUUAUACGAUUCAAUGUCAGAAGAUAUGAACACUAGUAUCGGAAUCCACUCGAGAGGUUGGACUAGCUCAUACAUUGCUCCGGAUCCACCUGCGUUUCUUGGAUCUAUGCCGCCGGGAGGACUGGAGGCAAUGAUCCAGCAACGGCGAUGGGCAACAGGAUCGAUCGAAGUUCUUUUCAACAAACAAAGUCCGUUGCUAGGAUUGUUUUGCAGAAAAUUAAGAUUUCGACAGCGAGUAGCUUAUCUUUGCGUUUCCAUUUGUGUAAGGUCAAUCCCUGAGCUCAUUUAUUGUCUCUUGCCUGCAUAUUGCCUACUCCACAACUCUGCCUUAUUUCCCAAGGGACUUUGUCUUGGCAUAACAAUGUUACUUGCGGGGAUGCACUGUCUCUACACUCUAUGGGAAUUUAUGUGUCUUGGUCAUUCCAUACAAUCGUGGUAUGUCUCACAGUCAUUUUGGAGAAUAGUAGCCACUAGUAGUUGGUUAUUUAGCAUCUUUGAUAUUAUACUCAAGCUUCUUGGACUCUCGAAAAACGUGUUCUUAGUAUCUAAAAAGACUAUGCCCGUCGAAACCAUGUCAGGAUCUGGGAUUGGACCAUCUCAAAGAGAAGAUGAUGGUCCGAACUCAGGUAAAACUGAAUUUGACGGCUCACUUUAUUUCUUGCCCGGCACAUUUAUUGUCUUGGUGAAUCUAGCCGCCCUUGUUGGGGUUUUCGUGGGUCUACAACGGUCAAGUUAUAGUCAUGGAGGAGGUGGUUCGGGUUUGGGAGAAGCUUGUGCAUGUAUUUUGGUGGUUAUGUUGUUCUUUCCAUUCCUAAAGGGUUUGUUUGCGAAAGGAAAAUAUGGAAUCCCAUUGUCUACUCUCUCAAAAGCUGGCUUUUUAGCAGUUUCAUUUGUUGUUUUCUCUGUAGGAAACUAGUAUAGUGAUAUUGUUUUGUUAUAUAUGUAAAGAAGUUAACUUCAUUAUUAAACACAUCAAUUUGAAUACAAUCAAACAUUCUCGUAAGUCAUCAAUCAUCA